UGUCAAAGUCGGCAAUUAGGGUUCUUUAAUUUUUCAAUUUCAAAAUUCUCCGCUUCGUUUUCGUCGACGCAUUUCCCAGAUCCGAAACUGCCAUAACCUUCUUCGAUGCUCUCAGUCCGAGCCACGAGCUAAAUCUAGGUUCAGCCCCUGGACGUCCAGUGGCACGAAGGUAAUUCACAUAGUUUACUUGGUUUUUCUGUUCAUUCCUAAUUUCGAUUUGCAUGCGCAAGUUGGAUAAAACUCAUUCUAGGGGGGAUGGAUCUAGAUCCCUGGCCACGAUUCUUGCAAGGUGGCAAGAAUAUAAUGAACAACUUGAUUCCUGCAAUGAUGAGGGUAAACCAAUCCGUAAAGUCCCUGCCAAGGGUUCGAAGAAGGGAUGUAUGAAAGGUAAGGGAGGGCCGGAGAACUCACGAUGCAACUACCGUGGUGUUCGGCAGAGGACAUGGGGGAAGUGGGUUGCAGAAAUUCGGGAGCCAAACAGGGGGAGCAGGCUUUGGCUUGGUACUUUUCCUACUGCUAUUGGCGCUGCACUUGCUUAUGAUGAUGCUGCUAGAGCCUUGUAUGGUUCCUGUGCCCGCCUCAAUUUUCCCAACGUUAAGGUCCCCUGUUUCUCAAAGGAACCUUCUAAGGAUUCUUCUUUAGUUGCAACGCCAUCAGGUUCUUCUUCAAUGGCAACUCCAGCUGGGUCUGAGUCCACAACAUCAUUCGACUCUGAGGUUUAUGCAACCAAGGGUGGCAUUGAUCUGAAUCCUGUUCCUCACAAUGAAGAGGAUGAUGAUGGGGUAGGUGAAUCAAGAAUCAAUUCGUCGCCAUCCGGAGGUCUAUGAUGUAUAUUAUUCAUAUUUUUGCUUGGAUGAUGGCAGAAAUUUGACAUAUGUACUUGGGUGGGUAAGGGUGGGUUUUGAUACUUGGUACUUUUGUGGUGGCCGGAAAUUGGGUACACUGAUGCUUUCAGUAACUUUACUUUUGUUCCGUUUGAUUAGGUGCAACUUUGAUUUUUCAUAUCAAAUGAGCUUGCGUUUCUUGA